AUGGACAUGGAAUACGCCAACAUCAAGGAAUUUAAUGACCGCGACCUAGCGACACGCAUGCGCAACAGCAAUUAUGAAAAAUACAAGUCUCUGGUGCGCAUGCACCUCUCCUUCGAGCUGGAACUAAACACCGACGAGUUCGACAUGCCGUGCCAUGAAAUCGUCUACGAAGAUAAGGGCAAGAUAAAGAAGUGGAAUCGCCUCUCCAAGAAGAAUCGCGGACCUGCCACAGGCUGCACGGCUGGGGCAGGCAGUAAGUCGGCGGGCAACAGUCCCACUGAAACGCUGCAGCAACAAAUUGAUGCAGGCUUUCUGAUGCACCUGGAGGAGCUCAAAGAGUUUCUUAUGCUGGAGAAGAAUCUCACCCAGGAGGGACUAUUUCGCAAGACAGGAGCCGUUUCUAGGCAGAACGAGCUACGAAUGCACAUUCAGCACGACCAGCCCUUGGAUUUGGAACUGACAGGAUUCUCGGCUCACGACUGUGCCACUGUUUUCUGGCCGAGCUGCCAGAGCCUUUGCUUACAGACGCCCACUAUCCAGCACAUCUUCAGAUAG